AUGGAGGAUAAAAUACAAGCAAUCAACGGAGAUAACAAGCCCGACACAUUUGGCGAACGUGCAGAUUUCUACUACCGAAAACGCCCCGAACUCUUGGCUUUAGUUCAAGACCUUUACAACCGUUACCUGUAUUUAGCUGACCGUUACACUCGAACACUCUCUAAACAACAACAACCUCAAGAACAACAACAUGCACACGUACAACAACAAACAUGCGACCACUACAAUGCCGACACAUUCGAGUUGGUAAUAUCCGAGCUAGUUAUGAGAUUCGUGGAGUACGAGAUUGUAGUAGACGAGCUACAAACAAUGGAUAUGGUUCAAGAAGAGUCGAACAAAAAGAUGGAGUUACAAAAAAGUUUGUUGGAAGUGUUAGAAUCGGAGCGAGUGGUUUUAACUAAUGAAAACUCUAGACUGGCAUCCGAGUCAUUGUUUAUGAAGCGUAAGGCGGGUGAGCUAGCACGCUGCGUGUUACUAGAACGAAGCGAAGACCAGCGUGUGUUUGUUUUGAGUAGGAAGAUUGAUGAUCUUCAAGGGCAGAUAUACGAGCUGGAGAAGCGAAACAAGGAGUAUUAUGAGAGGUUGAUGAAGCAACAAGUGGAAGUGAGUGAGAAUGAAGGGAAAAAGAGUAACAACAUAAGUAUAAAUAUAAAGAGGUUGUUAGUGAAAAACAAUAGGGGUGGAGGGGGGAGUAGUGAGAGUGUAAGUUGGAGUGGUGGUGAGGAUGAAACAGGGUGGUCAAUGAGUAGUACAAGUAAUAGUAGCACAUGUACAAGUCUAGCUCAAGUGAUGAAAGAGAAGAAUAAGAAGAAGGAGAAGAAGAAAUUGCAUAUGCCACGUGGCAGUGAGGGUGGGAAGAAGGGGGGGUAUGGGGGGUGGUGGGAUAGGGUGAAGAAGUUUGACAUGUUCAUGUGUGGACCACAUGUUGAUGCUACUUGCUAG